UUUUUUCGAGCAAACGUCAAACCUAAUCKKCGAGAAAAGUGGCAAUUUGUUAACUAUUAGCAUUUUGCAUUCGUUGUCGAUUAAUAGAUCUWUAAGAUCAAAAGAUACCUAUUACAUUCGACAUAUUUUAUCUUUCAAAAAAUAUUUAUUAUUAUUGUUAAUUCAYUGUUUCAUCAAUCACACUGUGAUACAAAAAACUUAAAAUGAAGAGCAAAUCUUCUGUAAAAACCAGCUCAGAACAACGAUUUGUUUUCAAAUCAAGGAAAGCUGAACGCAAAGCCAUGCGCCAAAUGAAAAAACAGAADAAGGGACACUUGCAACAAAUGAUAACUAAAGAACUUACUGUACAAAAGGUAAACGUCAAAAAAAAAUUGCCAAAAACUUCAAACACAACUGACUGGCGAGUAUUAGAUAGAAAUAAAGAAAAAAUCGAAGAAAUUAAAUUACAAAAACAAUUUGAGAAAAGUCGUCGUGASCAAAUGAAACAUGCUAAUGAAGAUGAAGAUAAAGAGAUCAAAAGAUUGGCCAAACAUUUAAAAUUAGAUAAGAGGAAAACAGUUGGAAAAUCUUUUAUUGAUGAUGGACUUGAUUACUUGUUGGAUGUGUGUGAUCCUGAGACACGUAAGAAUUGUUCGUCUUUAAAAGAAAGUUUGAUGGAUAUUGAUUCAAAUUUUGAUGAUGAUUAUAAUACUGUUAAUUCUAUAAAUAAUAAUAAUAAAAAGAAAGAGCCAAAAAUUAAAUCCCAAAAAAAAGUAACGUUUGAUUGUUCUGAUAACUCAUCUAAUGAAGAAACUUUUAAUUAUGAGCAUGACAAUGAAAAUGCAUCUGAUGACGAUAUUUUGGAUGAUGAAUUUGAAGAUGGAAGUUUAUCUGGUGAAGAAACUCUUGAUGAAGAUUAUGAUGAUGAAAGUAUAUCUAACGAAAAAAAUUUUGGUAAUGAMGAUACAUUUGAUUACAACCAUGAAGAAGAAUUUGAUUAUGAUGAUGAAGAAGAAGAAGAAUUUUCUGACAGUAAACCUGAUGAAUAUGAAGUCUUAGUAAAAUUAGAUAAUAAUGAUGGUACAAAAACAAUAAGUACAAAAGAAGAUAUUUAUGGUAGAAUAAAGAAAUCUGAUGGUACUAUAGUGGAACAUUCAAUAGCUUAUGUACCUCCACAUUUAAGRAAAAAACAAAAUGAAGAAUCUGAAGAACUUAAACGUCUCAGGCAACAAGUUAAAGGGCUGUUAAAUAGAUUAGCAGAAACUAAUAUGCAUAGCAUUAGUCGACAGGUACAAUACAGGAAUUUUAACUAA